GAAAAUUAAGGACACAGCUUGAACAAAAAAGGACAGAUCGAACCUUGCCUAUCUAAUUUUUAACUAGUUCACAAAACAUGUAUUUUGAAAGCAAGCUUCAGCAAGAAUGAAGCAGAAUAGUAGAACAGUAGAAUUAGAGAAUAGUAGAAGCCCAGCUUCUCUAGGAUUUUAAUUUCCAAAGAUUCCUGAGAUUCAUGCAUAUUUUAAAAAACAGGCAAAAUGGGACAAGAAAGAUAGAAUUACAGCACUGUGUUUUUUUCAAAGAGAACGGAAUAUCUGAAACUGUGUUAAGAGUUCAUAUUAACUAUUAUGGACUAUAAUAGCCUGUUCAUUCUUAAGAAUGAAAGCACUUUUUAUCUUGGCCAUUGGUGUUCAGGGAAAUUAGUGCAAUAUUGAGCAUCCAGAUACGCUUCCGUGUAACUUAAUAACUGAAGUAUUUUUUCAUUUGUGCAAUGAAGUGUGUGUAGAUUUUUAUUCAAAACUUGGUUGUAAGACAAAUUUUUACUUAUCACAAGACAUUAUGAUUUUGUGUAUUGUAUAUAUUCCGACUUAUGAGUGCUUUUUCAAAAUAGCAUGCUAUGCAAACAUAGCUAAAUUUUGGUCUGUCUCUAAAUAAUUUAUCUAUAUUGUAACCCAUGAUAAUCACUACAUUAGUGAGGCUUGUUUCAUUGUGUGACUGAUACGUGUAUUACUUUAAAAGCUACAUCUUGAUUAGGAAUUAACUUUAAAAUUUUAUAACAGAGCAUAUUUAAAAACUUUGCUAAUGACACUGCCUCACUCAUCUUUCUAACCUACAACUCAUCUAAGGAUUUCAAAGGAAAUUGAAUGUCACAGGAGACACAGAAAUUACAAAGAUGCAGGCUUUUGUCCUAGAAAGGCUGGUGGAUUUUGCCUUUAAUAUUGCCGAGAAAUUAAAGAUGUAAGGAAAUCUUUCAUGCUAUCAAAUAUUGACUGGGGAAAAAAAUAAGGAAGAAAAAAAUAAAUAUACACCCCUUAUAGUCUUGCCUAGUUGACAUCUGACAGGAAUGACACAGCUGUAACAAGGUAAAUCACUUCUCAUUUUCAUAAUUCUUUCCUUAAAUAAUCUUUCCUUAAAUAUAUGGAGAAAGCAGACUUUACCUGACGCAGACAUGGCUCUGCCUAACGGAGCUGCCAGAGCAGAUUACUCAGUGGGGGCUUGGGAGGCAAAGAAAGGGGAAAAGGCAAAAUGGCAGCAUACAACCAACUUGAGGACCGUGCAGGCAGUGCACGGCGGGGAGCCGCAGGCGGAGGGCAGCUACUCAGUGACACCGGUCCCGUUUCCCGGUACAGCUCCUGCCGACCCGGCGGAGCAGCUCUGCAGCCCUCGAACCACCCCCGGCUGCCGCCCCGGCCGCGCCUCUCCCUCCUCCGGCUGCGGGAGGAAGGAGCAGCCGGCAGAAGCCGCGGGUCCCCCGACCCGUCCUUCGGGACAGGCCCGGGAUGUGCCGGGGAGGGCUCCCCGCCCCGCCCCGCGCCGCGGCCCCUUCCCGCUCUCUGCGGCCCGGGGCGGCGGGCGCGCAGCGAGCCCCGCGCUGUGUUUUGCAGGGCGGCGGCGGCGGCGGCGCUGCUGGACAGCUCCGGAGCGCGACGCGGCGCCCAUGUUCCGGAGACGGCGCAGAUGUGACGUGAUGCCCGUUGUUUUGGUGCGCCCGACCAAUCGGACGCGGCGGCUGGAUUCUACGGGAGCCGGGAUGGGCCCGUCGUGGCGGCAGCAGGACGCUCCCCUGCCGACCGUCACGCAUUGCGCAGGGUGCACUACCGCCCGGUCCUCCUGCGGCUUUAACGGCCCCGGCAUGGACCCGCCGCGCCACUUCCCGGCGGGCUUCGGCCCCGAGCAGCAGCAGCCGCAGCAGCAGCACCACCAGCAACAGCAGCAGCAGCGCCCGCCGGCGCCGCCGCACUGCCAGCAGCACGGCCAGGACAAGCAGAGCCUCCAGCAGCAGCAGCAGCAGCAGCAGCAGAGCCCGUGCCUCCAGUGCAACAACUGCGCCUACUACGGGGCUGCUGCGGCAGCCGCGGGGGAUAACCUGCCCCUGCUGCUCCGCGCCUCCUCGCCGCUUUCGGGCGCCUUUCGGACGCACUCCUCGCCGCUGUCUUCCGCCGCCUCCUCCCGGCACGGCAGCCAGCUGAACGUCAGCGAGUUCACCCCGUCCAGCCAUGCUGGCGCGUCCAGACAGCCUCACCAAUAUUCCCAGUACCACCAGUGCCAUAGCCUGCAGCAGCAGCAGGCAGCCAGCCCCAGCAGCAGUGUCAGCAGCAGCAGCACUCACCACCAUCAUCACCACCACCAUCACCACCACCAUCACCAGCAGCAGCAGCGCCGGGAGAGCAACCCCUUCACCGAAAUAGCCAUGAGCAGCUGCAGGUACAACGGCGGCGUCAUGCGGCCGCUCAGCAACCUGAGCUCGUCCCGCAGGAACCUGCACGAUCUGGACUCCGAGUCGCAGCCGCUCCAGGCGCCGCUCGCCAGCCCCGCCGCCGCCGGCUCUGCCCCCGCCGCCGGCAGCCCCGCCGCCCCGGAGAUCGUGGUCUCCAAGCCCGAACACAACAACUCCAACAACCUGGCGCUGUACAGCUCCGCCGGCCCCGGCCCCGGCCCCGGCACGGGAAGCUCCAACAACGGCGGGGGCAAGUCCAGCAAGAAGAAGAACCAGAACAUCGGCUACAAGCUGGGACACCGCCGGGCUCUCUUCGAGAAGCGUAAGCGCCUCAGCGACUACGCGCUCAUCUUCGGCAUGUUCGGCAUCGUCGUCAUGGUCAUCGAGACCGAACUCUCCUGGGGCGCCUACACCAAGGAGUCUCUGUAUUCCCUCGCUCUGAAAUGCCUUAUUAGCCUCUCCACGAUUAUCCUGCUCGGGCUCAUCAUCGUGUACCACGCAAGAGAAAUCCAGUUGUUCAUGGUGGACAAUGGAGCAGAUGACUGGAGAAUAGCCAUGACUUAUGAGCGUAUUUUCUUUAUCUGCUUGGAAAUACUGGUGUGUGCUAUACAUCCCAUACCUGGGAAUUACACAUUCACAUGGACAGCCCGGCUCGCCUUUUCUUACGCUCCAUCCACAACAACAGCUGAUGUGGAUAUUAUUUUAUCUAUACCAAUGUUCUUAAGACUUUAUCUUAUUGCCAGAGUUAUGCUUUUGCAUAGCAAACUUUUCACUGAUGCCUCAUCUAGAAGCAUUGGAGCAUUAAAUAAGAUAAACUUCAAUACCCGUUUUGUUAUGAAGACUCUAAUGACAAUAUGUCCAGGAACAGUACUGUUGGUUUUUAGUAUCUCAUUAUGGAUAAUUGCUGCAUGGACUGUCCGAGCUUGUGAAAGAUACCAUGACCAACAGGAUGUUACUAGCAAUUUCCUUGGAGCAAUGUGGUUGAUUUCAAUAACUUUUCUAUCCAUUGGAUAUGGGGAUAUGGUACCAAAUACAUACUGUGGAAAAGGGGUCUGUUUACUUACUGGAAUCAUGGGUGCUGGGUGCACUGCACUGGUGGUAGCUGUGGUGGCAAGGAAGUUAGAACUUACCAAAGCUGAAAAACAUGUGCAUAAUUUCAUGAUGGACACCCAGCUAACUAAAAGAGUGAAAAAUGCAGCGGCCAAUGUACUCAGGGAAACAUGGUUAAUUUAUAAAAACACAAAGCUGGUUAAAAAAAUAGACCACGCAAAAGUAAGGAAACAUCAACGCAAAUUCUUGCAAGCUAUUCAUCAAGCUCGGAAAUUAAGAAGUGUAAAAAUGGAACAAAGGAAACUGAAUGAUCAAGCCAACACUUUGGUGGACCUGGCAAAGACUCAAAACAUCAUGUAUGACAUGAUUUCUGACUUAAAUGAAAGAAGUGAAGAUUUUGAGAAGAGAAUUGUUACUCUGGAAACUAAACUGGAAACUUUAAUUGGUAGCAUUCAAGCUCUUCCUGGACUGAUUAGCCAGACAAUCAGCCAGCAACAGAGGGAAUUCCUCGAGGCUCAGAUACAAAAUUAUGAUAAGCAUGUUGCCUACAGUGCUGAACGAUCACGAUCUUUGUCAAGAAGAAGGAGAUCAUCCUCCACAGCACCACCAACUUCAUCAGAGAGUAGCUAGAAGAGAAUAAGUUAACCGCAAAAUAAAGACUUUUUGCCAUCAUAUGGUCAAUAUUUUAGCUUUUAUUGUAAAGCCCUAUGGUUCUAGCCAGCGUUAUCUGGGUUCUGAUGUCAGAAUCCUGGAAACCUGAACACAUUUUAGGCCAAAAUGAGUGAAAACUCUUCUUUCCCCCCCCCACCCCCCCAGAUGCACAGUGAAUGCACCUAGUAUUGCUAUAUUAGAUUGUUCUUCCUGUAAUUUCACUUUUUUUUCAUGCACUUCAAAUAAGCUUUACUACUACAAUACAUAAUCUAAUAUGAUAAAAAUGUUAAUUUCUGCACAUAGUUACUUGAUUACCUUGACCUAACAACCAAAAAAAAAGUUCACAAUCAAAAGACCUAAUUAUGAACUUUUAAGAAACUAAAUCAAAGCUUAAUAAUUGUUUCUAAGUAUGAAAGCUAACUGUCUAAACUUUGCUUGCAGUGGAGGGGGAAAAAAACCAUUAUUAAUCUAACAGUGUGCUGUAUCUGUAUAGUCAUUUUAAAAGGUCAUGAACAGCUUUGAUUUCUGAAGUGAUUAAUUAAAAAUAUAGUUUAUCCUAGAAAAUAAGUCUCAGAGAAAGCUAUGGGUUUUUUUUAAUGCGGUUAGGGCUUUUAUUUAACAUGCAUUGAUACCUACACACACACAUAGAUAAUAUAUAUAUACAUAUGUAUUUAUGUAUAUAAGAUUAUUUAUGCAAUGCCCAUAGCAAUGAUCUUUUAAACUGACUAUUCGUAAAGCUACUGGCAUGCAAAAAGCACAGGCAAUGUCCUGUUUACGUAUUCAGAGUCUCAUAACAAUGCCAGGUACGUUUAUCCAGAUCAAAAGCAUCACUUUCACCCAGAAGUCUCCUAAUAAUGCUGUUUGGGUUUUGAAAGUGUUAGGUUGCUACUUUCUCCACUCCUUUCUUUGUGUUUCUGGAGUGAAUGACUGACACACAGACUUACAGUACACAUGGUUGUGUGAUGGCAGCACAGUGUUCUGUAUAUGUUAUGUUUCGGCAAUCCCCAUGGUUCCUGCUAUGCAGUCAAGCUUAGCAAAACACUUCUAGCAAUAUUUCCAAAACCUCCUGUAAAAAGCCAGCUGUAGACUGGAGUUACAACAGAAGGGUAUCUAUAGUACUUUAUUUUCAUGCAUAAAAACAAGGUCUCCUACUUUAUUAAAGAAAAAAAAAAAAAAACCAAAACAAAACAAAAAACAAGUCACAAAGCAUAGUCACCAGUAGGCACUGGUGAAAAACUUUUGACUGACAUUUCUCCUGGUUUAUGCUCCAGAAUAGCAAAACUAGGUGAGUUUAAAUGCUCAGUACAUGCAACUUGCAUGAACAAUUCCUAGUUAUAAGCAGGAAAUUAUUCGACUUUAUGAGAUAUUUUUUAGUACUUGCUAUUUAUGAAAUGUGCCAGUCCAGUCUGCCUCUCCCCCAGUUUACAGCCAAGGGUGACAUCUCUAGCUAAACAAGUAGACGUGGCUGACUGUUUCUAUGUCUGCCUAGAGGUAACCAACUUGCUCGUUGAAGGAAGUGAGGAAAUGCACAUUGCUCCAUGAAACACUGUGACUUCUGGCCAGCAAGGACAGGCAGGCAAGAGUAAUGCAGAAAGUCAGGGUAGAGCCCUUCUGGGCAAGACAGAAGAGCUUUCCAGCAACCAGAAUUCCCCAAACCAAAUACAUAAUCUGAUAAAGAGCAGACACUUUAGGCCUAUUCAAAUUAAAGGAUCUUCCUUUUUUGGUGUUACGAAUGUAUAAAUGAUGAAUGUAUAAGUGACAUCCAGAGGUAUUGCAUGCUUAUUAAAAGGUCAAGAAUUUCUCCAACUUUUUAUGUCCUUGAGAAAGAUGAUGACUUCAGUAUUUUUCCCCCUAGAGCAGGACAGUUGCAUGCCUUUGGCGUGCCUUAUUUACAGACUGUGGUAUUUUGUGACUGGAAAUAACCAGCAGUAUGCAUAGUAUUUGCAGUUCUGCUUUUGUUUUUAUGGAGAUCAUUUUCAAAGGAAAAGAUGGAUAUUAUAUAGUCCUAAUACUUUUCUAGUGCGGUCCUUAAAUAAAUGACAUUGUGAAUGGUCAUAAGGCCAGUAGUAAUUAAUAAUAUUGGAAUUUAAUAGUCAAGUUUUAGAAAUCUUUUUUUUCCUUUUUUGCAUUUAGUUUAGAAUACUCUUCUUGACAUUGAAUGUGAAAUACACUUUCUGUAGCUUGAAUACAUUCCUUUUUCUCCUGUCAGCUUGAACUAGCUCUUUCAUUGUUUACAUCUUUUUAAUAUAUGUAUAACACUCAUUUUUUGCACAACUGGGUUUUUAAAGAACUGUAGCUCCACUUAGAAGAAUUUUUGUCAAUCUGUCAAUUUUAAUUAAGAUCCAGCUACAAGUAUUGAGCUGGCUAUUUCUGUUGUGAAAGAGCAGCUUUCAGUCUUUGACCUCUCUGUUUCUUUUACUCACUAGGACUCAAAAGCCUGAACCUAAUAUUAUUGCCACAGCUUUAUGCAAUGGUGAGAUUCAUCAGGAUUAUUUCCAUCAGUCGCAUUCUGUAACAACCUGCCAAAUUAUUUUGGAUUCUUUUCUUUCUUUUUAAAGCAAAAAACAAAUGAUGUCACCAUGUUAUACUCCAGUUCUACAUCUUAAUUUACCUUCAAGAUCACUACAGAUAUUUUAUCUGCAUUUUCAGCACGUGUGACUUUUUUCUUGUAAUAUCUGAUUUCAGCACUAAGGUGCUGCAUGGGGAUACACUACAUGAAAGGACUGAUAUAAACUUUUAUUCAGGAGAGCACAAAGCACUCUUGGUUUGAUUUUCUUACUCUUGACACUAAACUCCUUUUAGUCUUCCCUUGUCUGACUUUUGUAGUACCACAAAUUCCAUUACUGAAUUUUUAGUUCCAAAGCUUUAGCUGUAUCAUUGUAAACAUAUGUAAUCACCAAAAGGAAAACAUAUCAUUUUGACAGAUCGUGGAAACUGUAUAUUUAAAUGUAGACUUUUCUUGUAAAGAUUGUUUACAAAUGACAAGGAGUCUUUCUCAAAGCAUAUGGCAUAUUUACCAUAUUACAAUUGUAAAGCUUCAUGCACCUCUUGCCUUAGUUUCACCAGUAGGAAAAUUCUGCUUUCUGUUGCUAUUAAACUCCUUUUCACUACAUUCCAGACACUGAUUCCAUUUUUAAGUUUCUUGGGAGUCUUUUUGCUAGUCUGCUUUUUUAAAGACACCGAGCAAAGAUACCUUGCUCGGAAGGACUGAAAUGUAAGAUCACAAUAGACCUGUUCACUAUGCUUAGAAUUAAAUGCUUUCAUUUAAAUAGUACUUUUUACUUAAAUUUACUAUUUUUCCAGAAUCAGAAUAAUACAUUCAUAUGUUUUAUGCUUGCAAAUGCUCUGCAAUUUUUGAUUCUGUAAAUCAUUAUGUAUUUUAAGCCUGCAUAUCUUUCCAGACAGACGUGCACAACUCAGCUUUUCUUUACCUCCUGCUGCUCCAUAAGGAUGUAUCUUAUAUGAAAAGAGAUUUGCUAUGUAAAAGUUUGGCAUCCAGCUUAGGAGCUCUGAAUGCCUUCUGGAGGUUCAUACCUUGUGAGCUAUUUCAAAACUAUGGCUCCCCAGACUGAGUUUGGAAUCACUGUCAUCAUUAGAGCAAACAUAAGUGAUAAGUAUACUGUUUUACAAAUUGUAAGACUCUUUUCACGUCAGAUCAUAUGUAAACAUUCAAGCUGAUAUGCCACACAUUAAGAGCAUAUCUAAGCAUAAAAGAAUAAAAGGUGUUCAAUGUGUCUAAAAUUCAGAAUAAAAUCUGUAACCCUUAUCAAUACAAAAAAUUUAAAUUGUUUGUAAACUCUUUUCCCGUAACUAAGUUAUGAAAAAUUCUUACUA